GUGUUCUUUGCCUCAUCCACCCAACGGUGGCAAGUACUCAAGGAGCACGUUACAAAUCUAACUUUAAAACCACUCUCCGAAACCAGAUGGGAAAGCAGAGUUGCAGCAAUUAAACCCUUGCGAUAUUUCCUACCUGAGGUAUUUGAUGCACUGUAUGACAUCUCAGAUGAUGACAACAGGGACAUUAACACUAAACAUCAAGCUCAAUCCUUGGCAACGAAAAUAAAAUCAUUCAAAUUCAUCUGUUCCAUUGUCAUUUGGUAUGAAUUAUUAUCAAAGGUGAAUGUGAUCAGCAAAAUAAUGCAGCAAACAACAUCAAACCUAUCAGGCUGUGUACAGGAACUGGAGAAGUUGAUCAAGCACUUGGUGGAAUACAGGUCUGAUGAAGGCUUUGAGAAUGCGCUAGCUGAUGCCAAAGGAAUAGCUGAAAAGCUUGAUUGUGAAGCAAAAUUUCCUGAUGCAUUUACAAUUAGACCUCGACGGAAAAAGAAGAUUUUUGACUAUGAACAUGAAGAUGAGUCUCUUGCAGACCCUACACAAUAUUUUAAAGUGAAUUUUUUCUUUGCCGUUUUGGACACAUCCAUCCAGUCCAUAAAUGAGAGAUUCACAUUACUUCAGAGCCACUGUGACACAUUUGCAUUUUUAUAUGAAAUCCCAAAACUUGGGAUGGACAAAAAGGAUAUAUUGAAGUGUUCCAUGGAUCUGCAAAACAAAUUAACUGACAGCCAGUUAUCCCACUCUGACAUUAAUGGAAUAGAUCUUUGUGAUGAACUGGACACCAUUCGACCUUUUCUAACCCAGGAGAUGACAGUCACCAACAUCUUGCAGUAUCUAGUGGAGAAUAACUUGACCAACACAUUCCCAAACCUUUCUGUUUCACUGAGAAUAUUGAUGACACUUCCUGUAAGUGUAGCUGCUGGGGAACGUUCAUUUUCCAAACUAAAGCUGAUAAAAAAUUAUCUCCGUUCCACGAUGUCCCAGGCAAGACUUACCAACUUAUCCAUUAUAUCCAUUGAAAAAUCCUUCUGCGAAGACUUGGAUAUAGAUGAUGUGAUUAGAAAUUUUGCUGUUGCCAAGGCUCGAAGAGUUCGUUUUGUUUGAUUAAAUAAUCAAUGUGUACACACUGCAUGCAUCCUUUCCUAGUGUCUCACAACUAGAAGAUAAUGUACCAACAUUUUUUGGGAGACUGCAGAUGUGUGUUUUCAAUAUUUAGUUGGGCUUGGAUGUUUUUCUUAAGAAAAGGCGUGCCACUCUACCCCAUAGCCCAGGCAUUUGAAGAAUACUGGAGAUUGUUGUCACAUGUACCACCUUACAGCCAGCACU